AUAUAUAUUGUUAUUGUUAUCCACAACAAAGUCAAGAACACUAGGCGUAGAGCAUCUCAUGGCAACCUCUUUCUCUUCAACAACACCACUCCGUUCUAUCUUUCAAAACCUUCCAAUUGUUCCCAAAGCCCUUCUUUCUGCACACUCCUCUUUCACCAUCAAACGCUCUUCAACCUAUGUCACUCUAAAACUCUCUGGCAGUGGCAGACACUCCCUUUCUAAAGGGUUGUUGACAUUGCAUACAAGAAAGGGAUUUGUGAGGGCUGCUACUAUUGAAGAAAUUGAAGCUGAAAAAGCAUCUAUUGAAAAUGAUGUUAAAAGUAGGAUGGAAAGAACUCUUGACAAUGUUAAGACUAAUUUCAGUUCUAUAAGAACUGGGAGAGCAACCCCGUCUAUGCUUGACAAAAUUGAGGUGGAAUACUAUGGAUCUCCAGUUAGCUUGAAGACCAUUGCUCAAAUAAGCACUCCUGAUGCCAGUUCUCUUUUGGUCUCGCCAUAUGACAAAUCAAGCUUGAAGGCAAUAGAGAAAGCUAUAGUUAACUCUGAUGUUGGUAUGACUCCCAAUAACGAUGGAGAAGUGAUACGGUUGAGUAUCCCUCAGUUGACAUCUGAUAGACGGAAGGAACUAACAAAGAUAGUGUCUAAACAAGUUGAAGAAGGGAAGGUGGCUUUGAGGAACAUAAGAAGAGAUGCUUUGAAAGCUUAUGAAAAACUUGAAAAGGAUAAGAAGCUCUCAGAAGAUAAUGUAAAAGAUUUGUCUAGCGAUUUGCAGAAGCUGACUGAUGAUUAUAUAAAGAAAGUUGAUGCCCUCUACAAACAGAAAGAAAAGGAGUUGCUGACAGUUUGAUCGUUUGAUACAAAAAAAGUCAUCUUAAUUGAGUUCUAUCUAGAGAAGGUCAAAUUGUAUCUACUUUGCCAAGUUUUUUUUUGUUGUUGUUGCUGUUGAUAUAAGCCAAGUUUGAAUAUUGAUGCAUUUGUUUAUUUGUUAUACGGAAGACAACUUUUUCUGUUAAAUAUAUGCUUUUUCAAAUUGAAAAGGUGAGUUCUUGCAUGCAAUUUGGGAUUUCUUCACAGUUGCAUCGUUGGAAUUAGACUCCUAUAGCGUAGAAAUGUUAAUUUUGUGAAAUUUCGAGAUAACAAGAUCCUUAUGAUUUCUAUUGGGUGUA